AUGACAGUAGGAAAUAUCACCACCACAACUUACUUUAUCUCUUUCAGAAAGGAACUCACUGAUUUCUUACAAAAAUUCAAGGAUGCUAAUGGGAAGUCUUUGUCUGCAAUGACAUUUGAUGAAAUUGUUUGCAAGAUUUCUGAACUCAUUGAUCCUAAGAGUCAGGAUAAAUCAGUGCCCAGUGGGAACUGCACUUCUCCCAGCUAUUCCCCACAGCCCAAUUCUGCCCAGGCCCCGGAGCCAGCCUGGAGUCCCCUCAGCUCCCAAAGCUCUGCCACGUGGGACGGAGAGAAUACUCUGGAAGAAGAGGAGGAGGAGGAAGAACCUUGUGUGAUCUGUCAUGAGAAUCUCUCUCCAGAAAACCUCUCUGUUUUGCCCUGUGCUCACAAAUUCCAUGCUCAGUGCAUCAGGCCAUGGUUGAUACAACAGGGAACGUGCCCAACCUGCAGACUCCAUGUUUUGCUGCCAGAAGAAUUCCACAGUCACUCCAGCCGGCAGUUGCACAAGAUCUGA